AUGUGCACAGUUUGCCUCCUUUGCCUCUCACCCACCCUGGGCGGGGAGGUAUGGCGAGCUGGGCUGGGAGCUGGGGAAGGGGUCGUGACUCGUUCGCUGUGGGGUGGUGGUGCGGCUUUGGAGCAGAGUGUUUGGCGCACAGCCAGGGCAGCGCGUGCAGGCGGGCAGCAAGGAGUGCAGUGCUGCAGGGGGCGGGUCAGGGGAGCGGGGGAGGCGGGGCAGGGGAGGCGGGGGUUAGGGAGAGAGGGUGCAGGGAUCCUCCUAUCCCCCGUUCCACCCUUAUACCCUACCACACUUUUACCUCCUGCCCUCCUCCCUUACUCCGUUCCGUCGUUCCCCCACAGUCGUCCUCCUCUCCCUCUCCCUUCCUCCCUUCCUCCAUCUCUCUGCCUCACUACCCUCUUUACCCUCUCUGUUGCCCGUCCUCCUUUCCUCCCUUCCUCCAUCUCUCUGCCUCCCUACCCUCUUUACCCUCUCUGUUGCCCGUCCUCCCUUCCUCCCAUCCUUCUUUCCUGCCAUUCUUCCUCUCCUCAUCCUCCCUCGAUCCAGUCCCCCUUCCCCUUUCCAUCUCCCACUCUCCCACCCCCUUCCUCACGCCAACCCUGCUCCUCCGUUCCACCCUUCUACCUUCCCCCUUGUACCGAGCCGCACUUUUUCCUCUCAUCCGCCCAUCAUCUCAUCCGCCCAUCCUCUCAUCCGCCCAUCAUCUCAUCCGCCCAUCAUCUCAUCCGCCCAUCAUCUCAUCCGCCCAUCCUCUCAUCUGCCCAUCAUCUCAUCCGCCCAUCCUCUCACCGUCGCCCACGCUUCUGCCUUAGUGCCUUUCCGUGCUCUCUCUCCCCUACCCACGCUUCAUCUCGCUCACCCUUCCGCCCUUCCUCCGUGUCUCCCUUGCUCAUUUUCUGCCUCCGUGCAUUCUUUGUUCCCCACCCUCCAUCAGAGUUUGUGGUUCGUGUCUGUGCAGGUCUGCCAUGCAUCCAAUUCUGA